UCGAUUCGUGCACAUACUUAGCUACCGCGUUACCGAUAACGCGAUCGGAUCGGCUGUACGAAUCACAUGUGAAAAGUGUACGUGAACCUUGGCUCGAUUAACCGGCAGCCGAUCCAUAGAACGAGCCGAGCCCCCGAUCGAGUCUGCAUCGAAUUUCAAGAUCGGCGACGAUUCUGACGAAAAAGAAAACUCGUGGAAGGAUUUUGGAGAAAUUUUCGGAGGAAAAGAUCGAAAUAAAAAUCAUCGAUGGUCGUUGGUCGUUGAUGUGUCGGCUCAUCAAUUGCGCGUAUCGGGUAGCCGCGAUGAAGUGAACGGAUAACGCGGCGCGGCGCGGCGUGGCGCGGCGGGACGUUUCGCGGCUCUCGACAGUCGUGGCAGUGAAAGUACGUCACCCGGAGCUGUCUCCGCUCAUUCGAGAUUCUUUCUACUCCGCUCUCGAUCCGAACGGGUUUUCUCGUCACCGAAGAGAUCGCACAACGAUCAUGCCCCUGGUGUAACAUUUCCAACAACCAUACGAACAACGACUGUGAUAUAAGUGCCGGAACCGUAGCUCUUCUUUCCUCCGAGUUCGUUCCGUCUCUUUCUUUUUCUCUGCUGCUGAUUCAUCGACGACGAUUCAUCGACUUACCAAAUCGAACUACGAAGUAAUCAGGAUCGAUACCGAUCGAGAUACCAUCACCACCCGACAACGAUGACCGUGAUUAUGGAGGAAACAAACACCUUCGUUACGUGGCCGUCUCGUCUAAAGAUCGGAGCAAAGUCGAAGAAAGAUCCGCAUAUAAAGGUCGCGGGUCGACCCGAUGACGUACGAGCCGCAAAGGAGAAAAUAAUGGAAAUUCUGGACACGAGGCAAAACAACAGAGUAACUAUGAAGUUGGACGUUAGUUACACGGACCAUUCGCACAUCAUUGGAAAGGGUGGACUAACGAUUAAACGGGUGAUGGAGGAAACUGGAUGUCACAUCCAUUUUCCAGACAGUAAUCGAAGUAAUCAUCAGGAGAAGAGCAACCAGGUGUCGAUUGCGGGAGAAAUGGAGGGAGUCGAACGUGCCCGUGCUCGUGUCAGGAAUCUUACGCCUCUGAUCUUCUCGUUCGAGUUACCAAUCAUGAGUGCGUCGCAAACAGUGCCCGAUUCCACUUCGCCGUACGUAGUCAAAAUUCAGGAAAAAUACAACGUUCAAGUGAUGUUUCGUACCAGACCAAAAUUGCAUGCUACUUUGGUAGUGGUCAAGGGUUGCGAAUGGGAAGUAUCUCAAGUGAAAGAAGCGACCGUGCUUCUAAUUCACUAUAUGUGCCAAAACUUAGCUAGUCAAAUACAAGUACAAAUGUCAAUGGAGAUUUCGCCGCAACAUCACAGCAUCGUAUUGGGAAAGCAGAGCAGUAAUUUGAAGAUGAUCAUGCAACGCACAGGCACUCAAAUAAUGUUCCCAGAUGCCGGAGAUCCGAACAUUCCUAGCUUAAAGAAGAGCAACGUUACGAUCACAGGUGGCAUCCACAACGUUUACUUGGCUCGACAACAGCUAGUGGGUUCCCUGCCUUUGGUCCUAAUGUUCGACCUUCCUGAAGACUCGAUGUCUUCGGUAGAUAGCGAGAACGUUUCCCAACUAAUGCAGUCGUUGGACGUGUUCAUAAACGUGAGGCACAAGCCGAAGCAGAGUACGCUUUCCGUGAUCAUCAAAGGAAUCGAACGAAACGCCAGCAAUAUUUACGAAGCGAGGAAACAGCUUUUAGGCUUGGACGAGCCCAGAGUGCAUGCCGAGAUACCGGCUACCUAUCACAUUCCAAACGCUGGUAACAUUUUCCAAGGAAACUCUACUGGCAAUGGCUCCAGUGCCAAUAGUUUAGUCAGCAGUCUAUCGGACAAUUUGUCGAGCAUAUUAACGGUGAACACACAGAAUUCUCCAUACUGCGUAUCGCCUGUUCCUCAUUCGCCAAAUCCGAUGGCCUUGUCGCCUCAUUGGGGUCAUUUACCACCAUUACCGUCCAUAUUUUCACCACUGCCGCUUCAUCACUCUUAUCCAUAUCCACACCUUAAUCACCUGUUGACGACGCAGCACGUAAUGCAUAACAAUGCGAUGCCUCAUUCACAUGGACUGCAAAAUCACGCUUUUACCGGUAUCGGACAACUUCACUCGAACGGGCCUGUGGGCUUCCACAGUACUCACGGAUUGAACGGUAAUUCGUUAGUGGAAAGCAAAGAAGGUAGCGCUUAUUCGUCGUUGAGCAGCGUUUCCAGUUCUCUAUCUAGUCCAGCUAUCAGUCCGCGUAACAUAUCUCCGGUCAAUCCUGUCGAGAGUAGUCAUAAUAUAGAUUUAUCCAGCAUGUUGUCCGAUCUUACGGUACCCGAUCGUCGUGCACCGGGUUGUGAGAAGAAAUCGCUGGAAAUGGCUGUGCAACAGAAUCUCGUUCCCUUCGAUUACGAGCAGAAAAAGAUACUAGCGGCGAAAGUGAUUCAAGGGAAACCAAGUACCAACGAUUAUCGUGUUCCUACUUCUGCUUGGUCCGGCUACGGACUCAGUCAAUCCAUUCCUCCCAUAAAUACGGGCGACAUAAAGAAGCCACAGGAAUCGACCACCUCCCAUCCAUCUGAUUUAUGGAAGGAACCAACGACGCCGGUAUUCAGCAGAGAGAUUGACUUUGGAAUCGGAUCCGGUAAAGACCGUGUUGGACAGAUCGGCUUAAGUUCCAACUAUAUGGAGCAUACGCCCACUUCGCAUUUGAACAAAAUUACAUCCCAUCGGUACGACGACUUAACCAGCAUGUUGGUUAGCGUUGGAUUAGAAAAGUAUAUUCGCCUGUUCACAUCUCACGAAGUGGACAUGGCUACAUUUCCAUCUCUGACGGAAAAAGAUCUAUGCGAAAUCGGAAUAACCGCUUGGGGUGCAAGGCGUAAAAUAAUGUUAUUAAUCGCUGAAAUGAACAAACGUACUAGUCCAUUCUGUGGUAGCGCUGCUCCUGGUGCGGAACGCAAAACGACCACGUCGUCGACCUCGUCGUCGAUGGAGAAAUGCAAUCUGGAUACCAAAUGGUAGUAGGGACGAAACAUGUCACGAGUCUCGCAAUAUUCGUGAGAACGAAUACAAAGAAUUUAGACAGGACCGCGUCGUACUUAAAAUUAGCCUCGCGUUCGCACGCAGACUCGAUUGCGUUUCAAGAUGCUCGAACGAGAAUCGAAAUCGAGAUCGAAAUCAAAUCACGCGAGCCCUUUCGCCGACUCGACAGUAGGAUCAAGUUAUAAUUAGUAUGUUAAUUUGCGAUUCUAGGCACCGAAAGAAUAGGCGGAUGAUUCUUUUUGUGGUCAAGGACCGUUUGCUUUUUUUUUUUUUAUUUUUUUCCCUGCAGUCCUCGAUUCACGCGGUCGAAAGGUGCCUUAGGUUAAGAAACUCGUUACUACUUUCGUUUCGUUAGCUUUUUUUUUAUGUUGCUAAUGGUCUUUCUAUCGUGGUCGCGCGAUAUUCGACGAAUCGAUAUGGUUUUCAUAUUAUUUUGUACGGAGCGCGAAACACGAUGCUCCGGGAGUCGUAGUGUCGUUCGACACGUUGUAUCAUAUAUGUUUUUGUGUAACGGUGAAGAGUUCGUAAUAGGACUGAACGAUAGGCGUAUACAGUAUCUAUAAAUUAACGAUAACGGUUCAAUUAGUAUAGCAAAGUGCGUAAAAACGAGGCUUUGUAGCUCGAUAUGCGCGAUGGGCGUAGGAUAUAUCCCGUACGUUCGGCGACCUGUCGCUUUAGGAAAGUUAAAAUAUUUAAUCUCGACUAAGCUCGAAACUCGGCAGAAACGUAGAACCUAAGCUGGCAACCGAGACGGAAAUGCGAACUCACGUAAAGAUAAAGCGAAAAGAAGGGCACAUGGUCAUGUUUCUCUCGGUUUUCGCGAGUUUCGGAUUUUCUCGCAUUAGCCGCGUUUUCGAGUUUUACAAUGUAAUAAAGUAUUUAUUAUUCACUCGCGAAAGACGUCGAACGUACAAAUGCGAAUGAUUUUUCCAUGAAGCGGGUCGAAGGGGGCGAUUGAACGUUCAAGGGUAUUUCGAGUCCUGUCUUUUUCACCGUAUUACGAUCGAUCGUUUUACAGGUGAAACGACUAUCUCGAACUACCCUUGAAAAACUAUAAUUUCAGUCUAUACUCAGGCUAUACCGCUAACGUGCAAUGCCUGCCAAACGAUUCUGCAUUAUUCUAAAUUAUUUCCAAUAAUUUCGGUCGUCGUACGAGUGCAUCGUGAUUCCUCUUCUUUUCUUCAUUUUCUUUUCUGUCUCAACAUCCGUGUACUUGAUAAACAUACGGGGAACGAGAAUAUUUUUGUUAAAACAAGCUGCACGUUGUGGUCCGUUUACACAGUAGUCGUUUUACGAAAGUAAGAUACUUUACGAAAGUGUUCUACGUAAAUUAUUAAUAUUUUAAAUCUUUUUUUUUUCCUUUUUUUCUGAGUAUACUCGUAUAUGGAUGGAAUAAAAGCGUUCGGCAACGAGCUCAUGCUCUGCUCGCUACGAUCGACAAUAUUUAAAGAUGUAAACACCUUCAAAAAUCAAUUAAUCGCGAUUUAAGUGAUCGAUCGAUUUGUCGGUGCGACUAGCGAUAUAAAUUAUUAUUGUUUAUCGCGUGUCAAGAAAAAUAUUCGGAAUAUCGUUUCGAUGAAACUAAUCGAGAAUGGCUAACGAGUCGAACGAUUUUAUCGUUAAUAGUUCUUGACUAAGUCUUUUGUGAAAUCUUUUUAAGCAUAAAUUAUUGUUGUUUGGUGCGGCAAAAUCGCAUGCUUGAAAAUGAUCGAAAUGUUAGAAAAGGAAUACAUGCUAUGUGUACUUUAUGCGUACGAAUGUAUGCGCGCGCGUAUGUGUGUGAUGUAACAAGACUGUACCCGAUUCGUCCCUGUUACUCGUGUUUGUGUCGAACAUUAACCGUUUUCUUUGAUAAAAUUCGAUUCGAAUUU